GGCGGAAACAGGAAGUGUGAGCCCGGUUCCGCUUCCGGUCUUUUACUCCCAGCUAGAAACAACAUGGCCUCGUUUGAGCAGAUGAGAGCGAAUGUGGGGCAAUUACUGCGGGGGAUCGACAGGUACAAUCCUGAAAACUUGGCCACAUUAGAACGUUACGUGGAGACGCAGGCUAAGGAGAACGCCUACGACCUGGAAGCAAAUCUAGCUGUACUCAAACUCUAUCAGUUCAACCCAGCUUUCUUCCAGACCACAGUCACCACUCAGAUCCUGCUCAAGGCGCUGACCAACCUCCCCCACACCGACUUCACCCUGUGCAAGUGUAUGAUCGACCAGACCCACCAAGAGGAGCGUCCAAUUAGACAAAUCCUGUAUUUGGGAGAUCUUCUAGAGACCUGUCACUUCCAGGCUUUUUGGCAAGCGCUAGACGAGAAUCUCGACCUUCUUGAUGGUAUUGCUGGGUUUGAGGACUCUGUUAGAAAAUUUAUCUGCCAUGUCGUGGGGAUCACCUACCAGCACAUUGACCGGUGGCUUCUGGCUGAGAUGCUCGGAGAUUUGUCAGAACCCCAACUCAGAGUCUGGAUGAGCAAAUACGGCUGGACGGAAGCAGAAAACGGCAAGAUCUUUAUCUGUAAUCAGGAAGAGAACAUCAAACCCAAAAAUAUCGUGGAGAAGAUAGAUUUCGACAGCGUCUCUGGGAUCAUGGCCUCUUCUCAGUGACUUCCUAACUGAAGAGAAUACAUUUUUAUUUUAUGUACAGACCUAAAGUUACAGCUGGUGAAUAAAUGCGGUGAAUCCAUCCA